ACGCACAUGUGAUCAAUCGUCGUCGCCACCAUCGUCACGUUCGCCGUCUUUCCCGCCUUCAACGUCGUCGUCCUCGACGGUCAUCGCAGCAGAGACAACGAUCCGAUCUGCACGACACGUUUGGCCAUCGACGCGGAGAUCUUCAGUCGGUGGGGAGGUCAAUCUUGAAGCGGGUCUGUCGCGCGUCAUGUCGUCCCGCGGUUCUGGACGCGGCAAAUCCGCCGGGAAACUUGCAGUUGACGCGGCUCUCCGGGAGAAAAAGGGCCGCCACGUCGUCAAGAAGCUGAAGAAUGUCGUCCAAGGCGGCUCCUCACUUGCGAGAAACGUGGACGAUGAAGAGUGGGUGGCGUCGCAGGCAGAAACCGACUUCGAGGAAAAGGAGGAAGUGUCGUUGACGUGGAAGUCGUCGAGGAGGGGAGGUGGAGCCCUCCUGAUCGACGACGUUGGCGAAAGACGAGGCGGAGGAGGCGGCGCAGUAAUGGAAGAUGUGAUCGACGUCGACGCCGCUGCGGCAUCCAGGCGAGGCGAUGUCGUAGGAGCAGUGGAGGACGACGAAGCGCUGGUGAACAGGGUUCGUCAGCGGAGUGCGCGGGAUGGAAUCGAGGCUUCGUCGAAGCUGUGGGUGGACGACAUCCGCUUCUGGAACGAAACGGAAGGGAACGCCAUUGUGAAGUUGAUGCAGGAAGCGCGCCUGUAUCUUGUUACGGUGGCACGAGGAGUGCAGCCUCCAGCACUUCGUCGAAGGAUCGUCUUGCCUCACACCACCAUCCCGCAACACAAAAUCGACGACGAAUCGGACUUCAACGCUGCGCAAGAAAGGGCGUUGAAGGUGCAGACCAUCACUUUGCGGGUGAUCCAAGGGUGGGUCUUCAAGUCGACGAGCAGGCAAUGGGGGUACCACGCUGCGUACGGGUACGCGCUGAACUACGCGGCAACUGACAUCACUCGCGCGAUCUGGAUGGGGGAGGACUGGCGUGUAUGUGUGAGCCCCAUGGUGUUCCACACCAAGCUGGACAUGGAUAUGAAGUUGCCACAGUGGUUCAUCGGCGCGUACAUCGAAGACAGGCACGAGAACGACGAGUUGGCGGCGUAUCAGGAGGCGAGCAUCCAGCGUCUGGUGGGGGCGUUCACGAGCGCAGUGAGCACGGCGGAGAGGAUCGACGGCGGGCGAUUGUCGCACGAAAGGUUGAAGAGCGUUGCUGAAGCGAUGAGGAUCAUGCUCGCGGCUACCAUGUGGCUCAUGCGGAUGAACGGGGACGAUCAUCGCGCGCAUUACGACGCGUGGGUAUUUGUACAACUGACGGCAAAACCGACGCUCAUCGCAUCCAUGCAUCGCUCAUUCGACAAGCGUCGCCACAUCGUGCAAGCUGCGACCGCCAUCACGGACAAGUUGGCAAAAACCCCCAUCACUUUGGCAGCGCCUCCAUUGUACAUCCCCGACUCGGCGUCGAUCGGCGUGAAGUUCUCGCAUGACGCCACGUUGUCUUCCCCCAUGGAGGCAAAGAAGUUGGAUUGGUUGGGCACAGGCCCCCCGAAAGACAUCGACGACGACGAAGGGAGCGGGGGUGGGGGUGACGCGUUCAUGGCGCUGUGUUCUCUCCGACGUCGCCAUCGUAGGGCGGGAUAGGGUGGUUGUCGCAAUCCGCGUCGAGACCGUGACGAGGGUGAGAGGGGGGGGGGGGGGGGGUGGGGGGGUUUUUGAGGGCGUGGACGAUGUCCGUGUUCGUCGCGCUUGUUGUUUUCUAUUGCGCGGUGGUGCUUUCCCUUCACUUGCUCGAAGUCGGGUCCCCGGUCGUCGUGUCGUAGUGCACAUACGUUUACGGGGGCGUUCUGGGAGAGUGGUGUGGAUCGGUUGUCGUAGGGGUUUCGCACGAGCCUUUCGUCU